AUGUCUUUACUGUCAGCCGACGUUAUUCUACGUGCAGCUGAUCGAAUAAAGCCUUUCGUCAGAAGAACCCCUUUAGAAAUUUCUUACUGGCUUAGUGAAGCAGGAAACGCAAGGGUAUAUGUAAAACUAGGUGAGUGUCACGAUUUGAUCAGCAAAGCAUUUGGCUGCGACCACCGGAGGCUGGGGGAGUUCCGAAGUUCGUUAGUGAGAGAAUUCAGGGAAUGUAAAUACAUUGUAAAUAAAUUAGUUAAUUAAUGAUCAUUCAAGUAUCCUUUUCUUUUCUCGAAUUUAUUCUGGUAUAUUUUCUGUAUUUUGCUGUAUAAAUAUCUCGAAAAUAUGUCAGUUAAAGGCUAGUAGCAGUGUAGCUCAAUUUUUCCGCCAGUCAUGAGAACUGGGAUGUCGAAGGCUAUAAUUAUGUGAACUCGUAUGGCAUGAGAUCAGGGCUGUCAAUCCCCCAUGUCUUCAAAUAUUGGGAUAGAUGACGUCAUAAUGCACAGUGUAUGACGUCAUUUUUUUUUUUUAAAAGCAUGAAAAAGAUGUUGUUAGAAUUGUAACAUUUGACCUAAUUGGUUUACUUCCCACCAAUCACAUUAUUCCUUAUAUUACGAUGGAAUAUGGAAGUUUGUGAGGAAACGGUCAGUGUCAACUGAAAAAUAGCUCAAAGAACGCAAAAUAUUUGAAAUUUCAUUGCCAGAAAGUCGAAUAUACAAGAAAUGGCAAACUUCGGCAAUUAUCCGGGAGAUUUCAGACUCUAAUUUGGAGACCGGGAGAAACGGUUCAAAAUCUGGAGUCUCCUGGAUUAUCUGGGAGAAUUGACAGCCCUGUAAGAUCAAAGUUUAGAUUUGCGGGUAUGAGGCUAGUUGGCAGGUAUAUUAGCCUCAAAGCUAUAAUAAGCAGCAUCAAGAGUUUGUUUUAUAAGAAUGUGAAAGUGUUUUUGUUGAAUUAAAACACCUAUAAUAUCAAAUCAAAAUUUAGAUUAAAAUUAUUAGCAUCACCUAUUAUAGUCUAAGCAACACUGAUUCUUUAAUAUUAAUAUAAUAAGGACCAGGAGUUAAAAAACAUUUCCAAAUUUUUUAGAUUUUUUUCACUUAUUUUACAGAGAGUGAGCAAACAACAGGUUCCUUCAAACUCAGAGGAGCUUUUAACAAACUUCUCAGUCUCAAAGAAUCAAAUGACAAUUCAUUUCUAAGCAAAGGAGUCAUAACAGCCUCCACUGGAAAUCAUGGAGCAGCCACUGUAAGUUUACCCUGGGUUUCAGUGGAUAUUUUUUUCUUAUUGAUACUGAAAGUUUGCGGCAAAGCUGUGUUGUUCUCAUAUUGUUGUUGAUGAUGCUGUUGACAUUUUGAUUUAAAAUAACUUUGACACCUGUUGCUUGGUAACCAGCGGCCAAAAGAAUGUCAAGUGAAACCCCAAAGAGGAAAUUGUUCUUCUUUACCUGACAUGCCAAUACCUUCUGAAUUGCUGCUAAAAUUAAUCUUCCUUGACUGAUUAAUUUCAGAUUAGGUGGAACCCGGCCUGCAAAAAGGCUGGUUGCUACCAUUUUGUGUUUGUCUGAACACACCAAAAUUUAAAUGGCAAAACUAACAUCCGUUUUUUCAAAUUAACAGCUCUUCUCAAAUAUCAGUGAUAAUCACUGAAGAAAAAAAAUCUGGAUGGUGUUUGAAGCUUAAGGAAAGUGUUUUUUUCUGUCUUCUGUUGCAGGCAUAUGCUGCUAAUAAAGUUGGUGUUCCUGUUACAAUAUACGUUCCCCAGACCACCUCUCCUGCCAAGAUUAAGGCUGUGAAACAGCUUGGUGGGUCUGUGAGCUUUCAUGGAGAGGACUGCGUUGAAGCCGAAGUGAAAGCAAGGUCUGUCUCUAAGGUAAAAGUCUAUUGGCUUGUUUUUUAUGAAAUAAAGAAAUGAUUUUUUGCAAGAAAUAACCUGUCUAGACCAUACUGACAUACCAAUGGUGACCAUAAUUAAUUUCUUACAAUUCAGGUAUUCUUGCCAUGACCAGUUUGGUCACCAUGGCUAAUGGAAAAAUAUUUUGGUGUCUAAAAUUGUGGCACUAGUUUAAUUUGGCAUCCUUUGUGUUUUUAGUCAUGUUUAUGGCAUUUCCAAAGCUUGCAUGUACAGUGGAACCUCAAUAUAACAAAUGUCUAUAUAACAAAGUCCUUGGUGUAACAAACAAUUUUCUUUACCCCAGUAAUAGUAAAAUAUAUGAAAAAGAACUGAUAUAACAAAACCUCAUUAUAGUGGACAAAUUUUGCCAGUCCCUUGACUGGCAAAAUUUUGUUAUUUUGUUAUUUUGUUAUAUCGAGGUUGUACUUUUUUUUCUUUUAAAUACUAUACACUGUAGUUUUCUCUUUAAUAAGACCUUGUAUUGAGAUGUUAUGACGUGCACAGCCGUUUUUUUAUUAUUUUAAUCCUGCCUGUGGCAUUGCACAAAUUGUCCUUUUCUGUCUGUCGACUGAUGUUGUCUUAAUUGGUGAUCAUUUGAUAAUUGUGAGUUGCAAAAGGUGAAAAGUUGAAUUUGGAGCUAUUUGUCUCUAACCUCUACAUACCAAACUGCAAUGGUAGGAUCCUGCAGAUCCUUCACAUAUGCUUAUACAAGCCUUCACAUGAGACAAUAAAAAUUAUACCAUUUCAAAAUUCAUGACUGUGUUUCCUUUUCUUGUGUCAGGAAAGAAAUAUACAUUAUAUGUCGCCUUAUAAUGACCUAGUUGUUGUUUCUGGACAAGGAACCAUUGGGUAAAUAUAAACCUUUAAUGUAAAUGUAACGCAAAAAUAAAACUUUUAGGAUCAUGCAGUAAGCCAUUUAAGAGUAUGUUUCCAAACCCCUCAACUUCAAAGCAAGGCCAAGUGUUAAACCUUUUGCUUGUCAAUGAGGUUCAUUUGCCUGUCAGCUAAAAAAUAUCAUAUCAAAGACUUCCUACUUACCUUAGCCUCCCAUGCAGACAUUCUUAGGGGUUCGCCGUGGGGCAGAAAUAUGUGACGAACCCCUAAGAACAUCUGCGUGGGAGGCUAUACUUACUGCUACCCUCACUUUCAGAAAAAAGGCUUGGAGCAACUUGGAAAUGACCUGUUGCAAUUUUGUAAGUACUCCUGAUUGGUUGAGAGAGUGGUGUGAAAUCUUUUAGCCAUUCACUUGGGGUACAGCUGUAGUACUGUGACAAUGUUUCUCCCAGGGUCAUGGAGCGAACAGGGGUAGGGAAGAAGAGAGAGAAAGAAAGGUUAAAGGCUUAUUGUUUAUAGCGGAAAGUGUAGUUUAAGCUUAAGGAUGGUUUUCACUAGCGAUGGAGUCAGAGUUGGAGUUGCAAUCAGAAGUGUAGAGCGUUCUGAUUCUUCUGAUUCCGUUUACGACUUUGUUGUUUACGAUCAAGUGAAAACUGGGUCGUCAGAGUCGCAAGGAGAAGUGUAAGAACUAAACCAAUUACAAAGUGUGGGAACAUGCAUUGUGAUUGGUUUAUCCUUCUGGUUUUGCUUCUGACUCCGACUAUCUGGUUUUCACCAGAUCAUAAGCAGAAUGUAAGCAAUGGAGUCGGAAGCGGAGUCAGUUAAAAAUGGAAACGUUCUUACGACUCUGAGUUUUGAUUUUCACUACGUUAUGAGGGCUCUUACAACUCCACUUACGAUUCCGACUCAGAGUCCAUCACUAGUGAAAACCAGCGGCCUUAUCCAUGGCCAGCUAGUUUACAAGCACACCUUAAAUGAUUGGAAAUAAGUAAUUCAAAUAUAACAUAAAAGGAAACAGGAUUAAAAACCCCAACUAGCAGAAGGCAACCAGUUGGCUACUUAUAAGAAUGGCCAAGGAUUUCAAGGAACUUGGGACAACACCGAACAAAUCCUGCUAGUGGCCAGAGCGGGGAGUUGAACCCAGGACCCCCAGGGGCCCCACUCACAUAUUUUAAUGACGGGGGGGUCCGACACAGGUUGAUAUUUUAUACCCCAAAAAAUCCCAACUUCAGAAUUUGUCUACCCAAAAAAAUCCGUACUUUUUUUAGCAUACCCCAAAAAAUCCCUCAGUGUUUUUGCAUCAGGCAAAUUUUAUUACUUAUCUUCUGGAAAGCUAAAAUAUGCCAACUUCAACUUUGGUUUUGGUCAAAAACAAAACUAUAAAUUGUGCUUAUGUUAUUUUUGAUUUGAGCUGAUGAAAAAUACAAUACCCCAAAAAAUCCCUCUGUUGUUUUCGCGACCCAAAAAAAUCGCGGCGUCUUUCAUAGACCAAAAAAAAUGCCUUUUGGCCAAAAUAUCAGACCCAAAAAAAUCCCCCCCCCCCCCGUCAUUAAAAUAUGUGAGUGGGGCCCCUGGGCCAGGACCACUAGAUUGCGAGUCUAACGUGCUAACCACUCAGCCUCACUGGUUACAAGGCUGGCACUGCAAAACUAGAGCCAAAUCAUUUUCUCAAAACCUCUCUACUUAUUCAUUGCAGAGUGGAGAUUUUGCAAGAUUUGCCAGAUGUUGAUGCAGUUUUUGUUGCUGUUGGUGGAGGGGGGCUGAUAGGAGGUAUAGCUACUUAUCUGAAGGCUGUUAAACCCACAGUUAAGGUAAGCAGGAGACCAAAAACUAUGCAAGAUGUCUUUGCGUGGCUUUGCAACUUUGGACAAAAUUCUAGAGACUUGUUCCAUCUAUUUUCUAAUUUAGUACCAUACCACCAUCGCCUAGCAGAACAAAGCAAGCGCCCUAGCUGCUGACCCCCUAUUCAAUGUUGUUUUUGUCUUAAAAGUAAUGUGUAUAAUUCUGCUGUUACCCUAGACAACAGUCAGAACAAAAAGGGUAGGGGAGGAAAACGAUAACCGGCCAUCUCGCCACCAACGUAGUCGCUACCGAAAAGUCGACUCACCACCAGCCAACUGGCCACGAAAUGGUUUGGUGGCGAGAUGACCGUAAACCAGGAAAACGGUCAUUUCAUUUGACGACAGUUUGCAUUUCUGUCAUUUUCACAGUAAAAAUAUGUAUUUUUCUAAUGUGCCUCAACAAGUGUGGCCAAGGUUGUAGCUUUGUAAGCCAAAUCAACACAGUUGAAUAGCCCACAAAUAAGAACUCAUGUGCACGUUCUAGUACUUGGCUGUUGACAUUAAGGUGAUGUUACACGAAACGAUUCGCAACGACGAUUUUUAGCGCAACACAGCGUUGCAACAUUGUUGCGAUAUUGUUUUGAAUGAUUGCAACGUUGUUCCAACAUUGCAUCGUUAUGUUGCCUAUCAUCCCGUGUAACAUGACCUUUAAGGGAAGCGACAGCGGUUGAUUGUACUUUUGAUUGCUUGAAAAAGUGUCACGUGCGAUAUUUUUUAUCACAUCAGCUAAAAACAAAGCAAUCAUCUCGAUUCUCUUCUAAAAUAAUAAUAAUAAUAAUGGUGAUGAUAUUAAAAAUAUAAAGUAAUAAUAACAACAAAAACAACAGUGAAUAACAAUAGUAUUUUAGUAGGGCGCCCACUUCACCAAUACAUGUAGGUGCUAUUGAUUUUAGUGCGGCCCUCAAAACAACUUUCAUUAACUCAAAAAGAUAUUAUUUUCUUUUGCUUAUAUUUCAACGUAGAUUAUUGGCUGUCAGCCGUCGCAGUCUGCUGUGAUGUCAGCAUCCGUGAAGGCGGGAAAAAUUUUGGAUCUGCCAUCGGGUGACACGCUUUCAGACGGUACGGCUGGUGGAGUGGAGGAAGACUCGGUAUGAGUAAUGAUGAUGACCCCAUUGCAGUGGAGAUCCGUUAAUACAACCACCGUUGGUCUAUGUAAAUUUGUUUAGUAUAACAAAACAAAACGUCAGCGUAAUCUAUUGACUAACUUUAGAGAGCUCACGUAACUGCGACGGCGACGGCAGCAAAAAUGUCACGUAAAACGUGAACUCGCGCUGUUUUCAAUGUUAUGGCGAUUAUAAAUUGCAGUUAAUUUUUAAUCGUUUGUAAAAUGCAUGCGAAUUUUUCUGCAAUUUAAAACUCACGGACCGUACCCGUCAUGUGAAAAAUUAAAAUCGGGCGCAUGUACUACACCCGGAACACCGGAACAUCCCAGGAAACCUAGAAUUUGUCAGAUCAGGGUUACGGUUUCUAUUUUUCAUUUUACAUAUACACUACUGCCAGGUUUUUGGGUGACCGCGUAUUCCUGAGUGUUCCGGAGUGUUCUGGGGUGUUCAUGUGUUUUGAUGCUCCGGGUUUUAGAACUUUCGAAAAUCGAGACCGUAGACUGGACUACAACGACGAAGAAUACACACCUACACACAAGAACUUGACCAACUUAUCCUACCAUCGUCGGGCCUCAGGCUUGUUCAGUCACGCAUAGUUACCGUAGCUUUUGUUUCAUGCUGUCAGGUGACGUUUGAUCUUUGCAAAUCUCUCGUUGAUGAGUGGAUUCUGGUAACAGAGGAGGAAAUUAGCAAAGCUGUGUACCUGUUCAUGGAAAAUCACCAUAAGGUACGUAAGUUAUCUAACAACACUUUGAGACACUUUGCCCUAAAGAGCCUCUUUUAGGUUUUGCCAACUUUAAGAGGGGAAAAUAAAACUUUUCCUCUCCCACCCCCUCCAUGCAAUGUUGUGCCGCUGUUCGAGCUUCCUCUGGAAAACAACAAACACCCAACUUUGAAGUAAGGGUAAGGGGGAGGGGUGAGGAUUGUUUUUGUUCUCCAAAGUUACCCCAUUUGAGGAUAAUGUUUCAGCUAUUUUGUCGCCGAUUGAAGCUAUAAGGACUGUUACUAAAGACACACUAAUAGUUGAGGUAUUCUAUACGAGUAAUUCUAAAUAAAACUAAACCAUUAUUCGGAGGUUUAUUUGAUUCCAGCGUGGUUUUAGGGUUUUUAAAGUAAUUCCAAAAACUCAUGACACAGCCCCCUCAAUCCUUAAUAGUAAUUUCCUCUCCCCCUGCUGGCAUUUUUCUGUUUCUGGUUUUCUUUUCAUCCCACUAUAUUCCCCACUAGAAAGUCUACUCAUAGUUUAUAGACUGGAUGACCCAAAUGGUUAGGUUUUCUGCUUGGUUAAUGUCUAUUCUUCUGUAACCUUUUAUCAGAUUGUCGAAGGAGCGGCAGGCGUUGCCUUAGCAGCAUUUUUAAAGGAACACGAAAAAUUCAGAGGACAAAACGUGGUGAUAAUUUCUUGCGGAGCAAACAUAAGUAUGGACAAAUUAAAGGAUGUAAUUUUACAGUGGGCAUAAGUUGAUUAAAAUCAUUAGUUAGGUCUUCUUUCAAAUUCAAAAUUUCUACAGCGGCUACUUUUUUGGAUUUCCUAAAGAAAACUGGACUAAUUUCGUCACGUGUAAACGGAUAAAAACUAAUGGGACUAGUUCUAUGACUUCGCACAUGAACGAUUGUAAACGGGUUUUUCAUACUAACAAUCCUUGUAUGAACUUCUUCCAUAUAUCUGGUUUUAAAGAACGCGCGCGUGACGUGGAGUACGAGCUUUUUAUAAUACGAUGCGCUCGUUUGGACCACUCAUAGCCUGCGAGCAACCUCUUCGUUUGAAAUAUAUCAUGAGAAGUCACACACGAGUAACACGCGACGUUGCCACACGCUCGCGCGUUGUAAGCGGUUUGUUUAGCUCACCACUCGGUCCUUCUUUGAACAUUAAUCGGUUAGGAGUUAAAUGACUGUUUUUGAUAACACCACUACGAUCCCUCGCAAAAAAAAAGUGUUGAUCAGAUGAAAGCCGUAAUCGCUGGCCUCUGUUUUCAGUAA